GGAUAGUGACAGGCGGAAGGAGAAGUAGUUCCUAUCAACUAGGUGCUAUGUUGGUGAAAUCAUGAUGGUGGAGUAUUUCUUUUCAUGUUAAUAUAAAAUACACAUUUGUCCCGUCUGUGAAUCUUUCUCUGCACAAACGCUGUUAUCGGAGGUCGAUGAUCGGUGAUCGGCGAAGCCAGCAGGUUCUCACCGAGUGCGCACGGAGAAACCUUUGGUAGCUGCUGCGGCACAGGAGAAAACUCCCUCUAUCAGAAAGUUUCAGACAGAGAAGCGGAUCAUGCGUUAAUGUCAUGUCCAGCAGAAAGACUCCUGCGAUCUGCCCUCGGACCUUCCUGCUGCUGCUGCUGCUGUUUGACGCAGGACAGCUGGGUGUCGAGGCUCACCCGCUACUCGUGUUCUUGAUCGAUGGAUUCCGCUACGACUACAUGGAUGACCUGCACGAUCUACCCGGAUUUCGUGAGCUUGUGGAAAAUGGUGUGAAGGUUGACCACUUAACGCCGGACUUCCCAAGCUUGUCCUACCCUAAUUAUUAUUCCCUGAUGACAGGCCGUCAUUGUGAUAUUCAUCAGAUGACUGGAAACUACAUGUGGGAUGAAGUCUCCAAGAAAGAAUUCCUAAUUGGGACCAAUCCUGACAGCCGGUUGCCAAUUUGGUGGGACGGGUCAGAACCACUGUGGGUCACCUUGCAGAAGCUGGGAAGGAAGGUUUUCAUGUACUACUGGCCGGACCUCACAGCAUCAAUAACAAAUGCACUAACAGUCUUAAGAUCAAACCAAGCAGACAUGGCAGCAAUAUAUUAUGAGAAAAUUGAUGUGGAGGGCCAUCACUUUGGUCCAGACUCUCGUCAGGUCAAAACAGCUGUGCAACAACUGGAUCUUGCGAUGCAGAAACUCAACAGCAAAAUCAAAGAGAUGAAUAUGGUGAACCAGCUGAACAUAAUGUUGUUUUCAGACCACGGUAUGACAAAACUCCACUGGAUGGAGAAGGUCAUAGAGCUGGAUAAGUACAUCAACAUGGCAGACAUCGUCAAGAUGAUGGACAGAGGCCCAGUGGUCAGUCUUUGGCCUGAAGAAAACAAGUUCCAGGAGAUUGACAUGAGAGGCUUCUUCUUGGCAACAGGACCCGACUUCAAGAUGAAUGUUCGGGCAGCUCCAAUCCGAUCGGUGGACGUCUAUAAUCUGAUGUGCUGGACGUUGGGAGUGGACCCCCUGCCCAAUAAUGGGUCCUGGUCUCGGGUCGAGUGCUUGCUGAGUAGUUCUGAUGGUGUAUUUCAUCCCUUCUGGAUCUACUGUGUUGGUCUACUGGCAAUCAUACUGACAACAUAGUCCGAAAUGAUUUACAGGUUUGUUUACGACGUUUGAUAAUAGCUAGAAAUUAUUUUAUUUUCUAGAAACAUUUAACUAUGCAGACGGUAAUAUUUGUGAAAGGAAGUAUCUGUGAGAGGACGGGAAUAAAUCAGCUUAAGAUCAGAAUAAAAUAUCAACAACACAGAAACUGCAUCCUAAUCUACCUGCCUGCCUCCAGAUAUUUAACAGACUGUUUUUACAUUUACUGUUUUGGUGCCAAUAAGCCCUUCAGUGUUUGGAAAGUGGACAAAGUUGCAGGCAGCGAAUCUGGUUGAGAGCAACAGUCUUUGUGCUGUGAGAGCAUCGUUCACGUCACACAUUUCCUGUUUGGUGUGACAGAAACGUCUGUGUGUGGUGUCAGUGCCUCACAGGUCCGUAACACUCACCUUUGAUUUUGAUUGACUGUUUUCUUAUUGUUGGGUGAUUUUAAAAUGCUUUUCAGUCUGUUUGAUUAUUGGUCCUUGUUUUCACGUCUUAAAUCUGUUAGAUCUGCAACAGCCUGUGUAACACACCUUUUGUGAAAAGUGAUCUAUAUGAAUAAAUCUGAAAAAGUGUGCUUGUCA